AUGCAGCAAAAGCCAACACCCAAACCUCCAUCACAUCCCAAUCUCUCCCGUCUAUUCAUUUUAAGCAAUAGACUUAAUUACUGCUACCUCUACCUCUCCCUAAUCGUCACCAUCUACACCCAGCUUCUAAAAAACAACACGUCGCUAAUCGGGGGUACUCCACUACCUCCGCAGGUGAUCCCACUGUUGGGAACCCUCCAGGAGAUAUCCAGACGUUUUCUAGAAGGCAUAGGUCUAUGGAACAAUCCCGCCCCCGAACCCCCACCAAAACCCCCACCCCUUCCUCCACCACCUCCCUCCGAAAAUCCCGAUGACCAAGCCCCUCCAGACCCAGACGAAUCCCCCCCAGACGAUGAAUCAUCCGACAAUUCUUCCCACCACUCCUCCCAAGACACACCCAGCCAUUCCUCCUCUUCGGACUCAAACUCAGGAGCCGUCCACACCCCCCCUUCCCCGCCCCAGAAAUCCUCGCUCUCAAAACACGAUAUCCGUGAAUCUGAAGAACGACUAGCGCAUUAUUAUCAAUCGUUGAAGAAGGAUCCGAAGACUAUUAGACGGAAUAAGUGGAGAGAAGAUCCGAGGUUGGGGGGAUUCGAGAAUCAGGUUUUUGAGGGGAUAUUGGGGGUUGGGGGGUUUGGGAGUGUUUAUCUCGUCCUCAACACCCUCACCCAAAAACGAUACGCCCUAAAACUCCAAUCCGAAACCACCGACCAACGUCUCUCGCGCCGCAAACGCGAAAAGCCCUCCACUCCGGACACCCCACCCGACCCCCUCUCGCACACACCCCCCAUCACCCCCUCCUCCGAAGCAACCAUCACCUCAGCCAGCCUCAUCGCGGCCCGCAAUCUCCUCUCCAAACGCUACCGCGAAAAUCGCUGUUAUCUGCAAUACAUCAAAUCCGGGCACCCGAACAUCUGCGCCCUCGACGCCUUUCUCGAUUUCACAUCGCAAUUCGGGCCCGUGGAAGAACGCGGCAUCGUCAUGUUCGCCUCGUACUACGAGUACUGCGACGGCGGCGAUCUCUUCCGCAUUCUCAACGGCUAUCACGAAGGACAUCGACGUCUGGACGGCGCGCGCGACGAAAGACAAAUGAUCCAUCUCGCUAACCUAGGGCGGCGCAUGCGCAGGGAAUCCCUGCUCCCUCUCCCUUCCGUAGCAGAACGUCGAUUCCCCCCCGAACUCUUCCUCUGGCACAUCUUUGACCAGCUCAUCUCCGCAAUUCUCUUCCUGCACAAUGAACAUCCCGAUUACAAUACGCGUCCCGAACAUAAGAAUCGUGCUAUGGUCAUCACCAUGGAUCUCGCGCCGCAGAAUGUCUUUCUGCAAUGGCCGGCCCAUGCGAUUACCCCGGAGCAGCGACAAAAGGUAUACCCCAAUAUCAAAGUUGGGGAUUUCGGGACGGCGAAUUUUCUCCCGCCGGGGGGACGCAUUCCUGCCGAAGAGGGCAUGGAGGCGGAGACCCCGGAUAAAGAAUUCUAUGAUGCGCGGACGGAUGUGUGGACGGUGGGGUGGAUGAUAUAUCAAUUUGCGACGCGUGUGCAAGCUGGUGCGCCGAACGAGAAUAUCGAGAGGAUGUAUAGUGCGGAGUUGAAUAAAGUGGUUCGGGCUGCGACGAAGAAGAAUCGGGAAGAGAGGAUUGAAGAGAAGAAAUUGGGAAGGCUUCUUCAACAAGGGUAUCAGCAGAGGAUUCCGCAUAUGUUUAAGACGCUUCCUGAUUGGGCGAUAUCGCAGGAAAAUGUACUGAAGUAUCGAUUUUCAGAACGGCAUGUGAAGGAAUUAUGCGAGCGGGAUUGGAAUUUGAAGAUUGAGGAGGAGGCGGAGGCAGAGGAGGAGGCGGAGGUGGAUGAGCAGAGAAUAUUUGAGUUGAUGUUGUUGGUGAAGGAGAGGAAGUUGAGGUUUGGGAUUGAAUUAGAGGAGGAUGAGGAGGAUGAUACCCAGCAUCCAGUGUGGAUACAGGGCUUGAAGGAUGAAGAGCCGGAGCGGUAUGCGGAACUUUUGGCGGAGGCGAGGAUAAAGGUGCCGAGUCCUGAGGUGCCGGGUCCGGGAGAGAAUGAGUGA